AUGGAUGACCAUGAACGAGAGUUUUUCCAAGGGGAUCACUAUCCUGCCAAGGUUACUGCAGGUAAACCUGUUGCAUCACAACCAUUAGAUCCCUUAGCUUCGAAAUCGAAAUUUUGUUUCAAGAUUAAAAUAGCUAACAGCGGUAAACCUAGCGGGGAUGAUCGUGGAGGUUCAGGGGCUGACCUACAUGGACCUGGUUAUCGGGUGUGUGAAUAUUGUGGUAAAGAAUUUUCAUCAGGGAAAGCGUGGGGAGGGCAUAAGAGACACCAUCUCAAGAACGAUAAAGAUCUCAAGAAAGCUAAAAAAUUAGAGCUUACCAAGAUCCAGCGUGAAAAGAUGAAGAAGCAUGAAUUGAAAUUGUCAAAGAGUAACGCUAGUAGAUGUAAUACCAUCAAAGCUGGUGAUGUGAGUGUGGCUAGUGGAGGAAAACCAACCUGUUGUUUGUGUGGAAAAGUUUUUCCUUCGAUGAAUUCUCUGUUUGGCCAUAUGAGAUUCCAUCCUGAUAGAGGCUGGAAGGGGACUCAGCCGCCUUCAUUUUCUGACAAACACAGUAGCUCCUCUAGUCUUUCUGAAUCUGCAGCUGGAUUAGAGGUUGAUCAGAUUGAUUUAGCUAUGGAAAAAGGUUUAGAUGAUGGUGUUGAUCUACUCGCAUCCCUCUCAAGUUGGAACAAGAGAGAUAAGCGAGGGCGGACCUUAGAUCCAUUUGAGUCUGUGUGUGAUCUGGACAAAGUUGUGGCUGCUUGUAAUCUGAUAGAACUAUCUCGCGAUGGUACUGGCCAAUUAGAGAAGCAGAAGAUUGAGGAAAUUCGACAAAGCAAGAAGCUAAAGAUUAAUGACGAAUCAGCAACUUACAAAUCUUUUCAACCAAAAAACAGCGGCAAACCAAUGGAUGAUCAAAAGGCGGUAGCUUUCGACAGUGAAGGGGGAGUUUCGUGUUGGUUUAAUGAAGAGAAAGGCAAGACGAAGAGGGAGUCAGAUGAACAGGAUGAUGAAUCUCACAGUAUGAUCACCAAAAAGAAAAAGAAGAAGAAGAUGAUGAUGAUGAACUGGAUGUGCAAGUUGAAUGAUUCUGAAACUUCAAAAGGCACUGGAUCAUAUAAGAUUGGAUGCCGCAGUUAUGAUAAAGCGUUUCCAACAUUUUAUGCUCCAGGUCAUGUACCACCAGGCCUUGCCAGUGCAGAUAGCGCUGAACAGUUGGAUUAUAACUCCAACAUGGAUGUGAAAGGCCAUGUUCUUUCUUCCACGGAAGUUAAACAGUCAGAAGAAAUUGAAGAGGAGGGCUCAGUCCCAAUGGGGAUUUACUUCUUCCAAUGUGAUAUAUGCCAUAAGACAUUCCCCACCGGGCAGGCACUGGGAGGUCAUAAGAGAUGCCACUGGAAAGGGCCAGUUAAAGCUACUCCAACACAUGAAGUAGCUUUACUAGGAGAAGCAAGUCAAAAUACUUCUAAUACAGAAUCAUCUGGAGAAGCCAAUCAAGCUGGAGAACCUACUCGGGCCAGUGCUUGUAGAUUAAGCUUCGACCUGAACAUGCCCUACAUCAUGGAGGAUGGACAAUAG